CACAGCACCCAGUCAGAAGUUUGUCUAAAUUAAUUCCUCGAAACUAAUACCAAUUGGUGAGGCGAUGUUUCAAUUCUUCUCAAAGCAAAAGCAAUCCCAAAUACUUGCUCUAAUGCUAGUAGUUGCAGUCCCUCUGUAUUUCUCCUUCAAUUUUACACAACCCAGACCGAAAGCAAUCACUUCAUCCGGGUCUGAAGAAGAAACUCCCAUGGCCGCCAACGAAUUUGGUGUAAAAGUUGAAAAAAAUCCCACUCAAUCCAAACUGACUGAGCUUGGAGUCGCAACUUGGCCCAAGUGGAGUUGUGGUCCAAGCAAAUUUCCAUGGUCAUUCAGUGCCACGGAGACUAUGUAUCUGCUGGAGGGGAAAGUGAAUGUUGAAGUUGAUGGGAAAGAAGGAUCUUUCACAAUCGGGGCCGGUGAUUUUGUUGUCUUCCCUAAAGGAAUGAAGGUCACUUGGGAUGUCAUUGAAGCUGUGAACAAGCAUUAUAGCUUGGAAGAGUGACGGAUUUUGUCUUUCAACUGAUGUUGGUGAAGCAUGCCAUGUAAAACGACAGAUUGUACUCUCAGUUUAUGUGGUAUUUGUGUAUGUUAUGUUGUGCGAGUUACUGAGUUCUUAGAGGCAUAUUUGCUCUCGUGUUAGAUGCAAUGAACGGUUAGAACGUUAUUGAUCUUAUGAAGAUCCGCACAAGACUAGCUAUGACAUGUAGUCUUUUAAGCAGAAAAUGGAACUAUUCCGUUUCAUUGAGUUCUGUAACUUCUGUUGCAUCACAACAAUAUGUCUUAGUUUUGCACAGUUUGUGGCCUUUAUGUUUUCA